UUCGGCGUACGAUCGUCAGUCCGAAUAACGCGAUCGGCACGUACGCACCACACGCGUCCCAACCAGACGAAACGCGCUUCUUGCACGCAAAAAAAAAAAACAAUCACACGGCGUUUUUCAGUAUAUUUUUAGCGACUUGUGCCUAGCGACAGCGAAUGCCCGAGCUUUUCGAUCCGAUACACGAUCGUUUUUUUUUUACCUCUAUUGACCACGUUCGUCGAUUGGCAAAGUCGUUGUUAAUCACGCGAAAAAUAUCGCCCAGUGUGUUACGCAUCACGUAAAUAAUUUUGUUAUUAACGACAAUAAUAUUGUACGCCGUACGCAUAGUAUUGUCUCGUGUAAUAAUAAUAAUAUAAUAUUAUUAUUAUAUCGUUGUAUAACAAAACAAUAAUAAUUAAUAAUCAAAGCGUGUGUUGUUCGGUUUUUCUUGCACGCAACGCGCCGAAAAUAGCCAACAACGGUAAAUCGAUUUAUUGUUAUUUAUUCGAAACGAAAUAAACAAGACGAGUGCGUCGUCGAAACAUUCGAGCAGACAGAAAAGUUUGACAGUCAACGCGAAAAAAUGACCAACUCGUUGUUCAACAGUGGAGAAACAGUCGCCAAGACACAAAAUCGACCACGCGCAGUGGCCACGGAAGUGGAACACUGGUGGCAAGAGAUGGUGUCGUCGACGGGCAGCAGCAGCAGCAGCAGCAGCAACGGUGGCGGUAGCAACCAGGGAUCCGUGUCGUCGGAGCCCAGACGCCGCCAGGGACAAGGUCGUCGCGGCGGAAACGGAUCCGGAAAGCAACAGCAACAGCAGCAGCCCCAACAACAGCAACAGCAACAGCUGCAACAGGACCAACAGCCACUUCCGCCCCAGGCGCCACUGGGCUCGCGGUACAAGACGGAAAUGUGCCGGCAGUACAUCGAGAAAAUCAAGUGCGCGUACGGCGACAAGUGUCAGUUCGCGCACGGCGAACAGGACCUGCGCCCCGUGUUCCGGCACCCCAAGUACAAGACCGAGCCGUGCCGCUCGUUCAACUCGGCCGGAUACUGCCCGUACGGACAGCGGUGCCACUUCGUGCACAAGGGAGACGGUUACAUCCAACCGGCGUCGCCCGCCUCGCCGCCGCUGUCCACGUCGUCGUCGUCCGGCAUCGGCAGCGACGGCGGCUCGCUGGCCGACCUCGGCCUGGGCAUGCUGGACGGCAUGUUCACGCCGCCCCAGUCGCCCGAGGGCCGGUUACCGGUGUUCAACAGGCUGUCCGGCUCGCCGCCGGCCACCGGCGACGUGUUCUCGUUCCACGUGCCGGCCUGCAGCACGCUCGUCGCGCCGUCGUCGCGCCGCCUCAGCGAGCCCGAACCCGAUUUCGGUUUUUACGGGUUCUGAGCGCCCGCCCCCGCCCGCCCGCCGCGCACAUCCCAUCCAUCACCGCCCGCUCCCCAUCCCCGCCACUCCCCGCUCGUCGGCCGUUGCCACAUUGUUCUAAUAUUUUUUUUUUUUUUUUUUUAUAUAUAUAUAAUAUACCAAAACGU